AUGGAGGAGGCGCUGCUGUCCACCCCCAUCAACCCCAACAACUUCCCCGCCAAGCUGUGGCGGCUGGUGAACAGCCCUCGGUACCGCUCCAUCCGCUGGGACGGCCGCGGCGAGGGCCUGCUCAUCGACCAGCCGCUCUUCGAGGCCGAGCUGCUUAGCCCGCCGGGCCCGGGGGCCGGGGGCGCGGGGGGAGCCGGGAGCAGCAGCGGGGGCGGCGGCAGCGGCGUCGGGGCAGCCGGGGCCGAGCCCGAGCUCUUCAAAACCACCAACUUCACCAGCUUCAUCCGCCAGCUCAACCUCUACGGCUUCCGCAAGGUGGUGCUGGGUGGGCCGGGGGCAGCGGGGCCCGGGCCAGGGCCUGGGGCUGGCGGGCCGGCGGGCGACGGGCCACUCCACCACUUCCACAGCCCGCACUUCCGUCGCGACCAGCCUCAGCUGCUCGUUCACCUCAAGAGGCUCACCAGCGCCAACAAGGCCAAGCUGGCGGCCGGACUGGAGGUGCCCUGUCGCCCGCCCAACCGCUUCCAGCGGCUCCUCAUCACCUCAGCCUCCGCCUCCGCCUCCACUUCCACCUCCCCGCUGCAGCAUCAGGACCCGCCGCCCCAGCCCACAGGGCCCAGGCCAGAGCAGCAUGGACCAGUGGCUGUAGGACAAUUUCACCGGUCAUUCCGGCGAGAUAAUUUGUCUCCUUAUUCCUACGUAUCAACUUCAUCCCACAACCACAGCACGUUCCCUCUGAAAGGUUUAGAUCGAACCCCGAUUCCUCCUAGAACAUGGCAGAACUCCCUUGGAAUGCACCCUGGACAAGUGGAGACAUCUCCCACUUUUUCAGAUAAAGGGGUUCCAUUUCCUGUACUGCAGAGAUUUCCAACUGAGGUUACUUACACGCUGCAGCCCAGCGCCACAUCUGUACAUGUUCAACAAGGUCCUCAAACAAUGGUCAGCUCCUCCCAAAAAUACAGUAACUACACACCCUCGGCGCAGUACUCCCAAGCCUACUACCCAACAGCUGUGCUACAGUGCUGCUCUCCUUCCACCCACAUGGAUGCCCUAAGUAGCUGUGUCACUCCUACUGCCUCUUCCUAUGCACACUGUAACUACUUCCAGAAUCCUCCAAUGCAAUCUUCCUAUCCAGUUGAAUUUCUGCCUUCUAAUUGGCCUUGCAGUGCUACUGAUGAAAAUAAAAAGACAGAAGUAAAUCUAGAGGCUGUCUUUCAAAUAGUAGAUGAGUUGCAUUCCUCCCCUAAAUUGGAGAUGGUAAAGGUGGAGCCUGUUGAGAAUCAGUGUCCAUCAUCUCAGUCUAACAGAGGCCAGCAUAUCUUACCUAACUCAAACAACAGCAAUUCAUCUUCCACAAAUCAGGCUAGCCAGCUGGAGCCACUUACUCCUGUAGGCUCAGAUAUUACAUCUUUUGUGGUUGGAACAGAACAAGCAAUUACCUGCUCUCUACCACAGUCCCCUGAGUACAUCUAUACCAUCCACACAGCUCAACCUUUGGAAAAUAGCACAAUGCAGGAAUCUGCAACCAUCCAGCAAAGUCAUGUCAAACUGAAGGAGCAGCUAAAUCAUAACCCAUCUCCGUCUUCAGUAGUAUUUGUGCAGGAAGGGCUACCGUUCAGCACACAACAGGUGGAUAGCAGUAUAAAAUGCCAGACCAAUCCACAGGAGAAUAUAUUGCCUUCAGAACAAAUGGGAUUCCUUAUUUCAGAAAUGGGGCCUGCUAGCAAGGCUAGUAAAGACACAGGCUUAUCCACUCCAACCAGAUACAGAGAGCGGAGAAGCAACUCACGAGGAAAGUCCCCUGAUCUUCAUCUGCUGGUGGACGUGGCCUGCAAGCAGGAGCACUUUCCAAAGGAGGAAGAGUUGAAAGAGUGA